CCUGACUCUUUAGUUACUCAGCUGCUGACCUCAUUCAGCUUGACCUAACACCAAGUUUCAUCUAAGGUGUAUCUGAAGUCUUUAUAUGAUCAUGUUUCCUAUUGUGGAGUCUGCCAAUUAUGAGCCAAAAAACUUCAAGGAAACCCUCAAUCAGAAGUCCCAGUAGUAUCUUCAGCCAGAGUUCUACCAGCACAGCCUCCUCCAAAGCCAAGACAGGAAUCUCAGCCACUCACCUAGCAAGCUGAAGCAGGAUCCAGUGGAAAAGCCUCCUCUGAGCCAAGGCAGGGAUAUCCAGAACAAGCCUCUCCAAAUGCCAGGAAGAGAAUGAAAGCUAGAUCAUGGUGAGCCAUCUGCCAGUAUGUCUAUAAGCAAAAGUUUGUUUAAGAAAAAGAUGCUUUCCCAGGAUAAAAAGAUAUACUUUGCAAGUAAUCCAGAAAAAACUCUAUCAGAAGAGACUGAUACACAAAAGAGCACUUGCUCAACUACCAAUGAUGACAACAUUACCGAAAGUGAAAUAUAUCUUAAAUUUCCACGUAUAAAAGGAAGUGAGACCACUGGUGAAGAUGAUAAACAUAAAUCUAUGCCAGUUAAUUUUCGUGAAAUCCUGGGCAUAAUUGAACCUUUUAGCAAACAAUUGGAGAAAGAUAAGAUCAAGGUGGACCCAUUCAGAUUUUUUGAUUUACGUGGUCCAACAACUACACAGAGUUUGCUCUCAAUCCUGAAGGCCUAUGAAAUACCUUCUUUCUUUCCAGAUAAACCAGUAAGAAGAAAGUUCUAUGACUGGAGAGGAACUGUAGCAGAAAUCUACCGUACAUAUCCUGUUUUUAGAGGAAGUUGGUAUAGGAAAAAUUGGCGUGCACUGUAUCAAGAAUAUUUGAGCCAGAUACCAAAGCUGGAAGAAAGGAAGAAGGGUCCUAAGGGAGAAGCAAAAAGGUCCAAGGAUAUGCACUAUACUGCUGAUUUCGAAAGAAUUGGUCCACAUUUAGACAUUUAUCGUGCCUUCCAAGGUCAUCUCCACAAGCGCAAAGAUAAACUUGCCAAAAAGUUCCUGAGAGCAGCCACUUUGAUUCAGGGUGCUGUUAGGGGGUGGCUUGAACGGAAAAGACUAGCAAGAGUGAAACUGAAGGCCAAAGACCAUGGACCAUCAUUUAAAGCUGUUGUGAGGACAUACCAAAGAAUGAUUGACCGUAUUCAGCGCCGAGCUGGUCUGCGGAAUACAAGAGUAAUUUUAAAGUUCUCAGAGCUAGAAGAAUGGUUGGACAGAAAAAAAUUUUAUGAAAUCAUGUUUACCAAGAAAGACUAUUCUGAAAGGAUUCUGAAAAGUGAGCUUCCUAGAUUUUUUGGAGACUGUGGACAUUUUCCAACCCAAUCACAUAUUGAUAACACAUUUCUGCUGGUCCGAAGAUACAAUGAAUUCCACUCUGAAGCGGUUACCAGGGCAAGAGCCAUUGAAAUGUUAUUCACUCUGUAUCCUCCUGAAGGUGCCCAUGUGAGUCAUUUUUGGGGCAUAAAAUCAACUUGGACAAGACCAAUAGUACGUGGAGAAGAAGCAUAUAAAUAUAUAGUUUCUGGACACCCAAUACUCAAGAGAGCUGACAUUCAGGUUGUUGGAAAGUUAGUAGCUAAUUCCAUGCGAGAAAGGAAGAUGAAAUUACGUUUCAAAAAGCAGGAGGAAUAAUCAGGUGAAUGAUUAUUUCUUUAUCUUUGAAUUCGUCUGCUAACUGAGAACAAUCUACUUGUUUAUGGAGAAAAUAGUCAACCAGAUCAUGCCAUGGCCAAAUAUGAUGGUUUAAAUAGGUAAAUAACAAUAAUCUCUAAGCUUAUAAAGAUGAGGACAAGUUAGCAAUCUAAAAUGUUCCCAUAAGAUGUAAUGCACUUGCUUUAUUAUACCAAUAAACCUGAAUGCAAAUAAUAGGAAAAAAAACAUGAAAGACUUGUUGGACAGCUGAUUUUGUUUUGCUAUAUUGACAGAAAAUUCUGACAUUACAGAAUCUUUGAAUUAGAAAAUAUCUUAGAAGUCAUUUCCAAUUCUUAACUGAAUCAUGAUCCUCUCUGGAACUCUCAAAUACACGAAGUUGAAGGCAUACAAAUUAAAUAGGAUGGAUAAAUGGAUGAAUAAGAGAACUCAGGUCCAGUUACAUUCCAAUAGGUUUGGAAUAAUGGACUGAAGACAUAAAGGCUAUUAACAUAGCUUCAGAGGCAACAAAAUCGUUCAGUGGAUAAUACACUGGGCUUGGAUUUAGAAAGUUCAAAUUUAGGGGGUUCAAAUCCAUCUUCAGACACUAACCGUGUGACUUUGGGCAAGUUAUUUAACUUUUACUUGACUUAAACCACUGGAGAAGAAAAAGACAAAGCACUCCAGUAUAUUGUAAAAACAAAAACAAAAACCAUGGACAAUAUCAAGUCAAACACAACUGAAUGACAGAACAAACAUAGCCUCACAAAAUCAAUAGCAAAAGUAGAAAAUAGUGUAGAUGUGAAUGAAUAGUUCAUCUGGAAAAAUAUUGGGCAUUUUAAAUGAUUACAGGUUCAAUAUGAAUCAACAAUUCUUUGUGACUGGCAAAAAAAAUCCCCCAAAAAACAACAACAAAAAACAUCACUUAAUCUUAGAACUAAUGACUAUAAUCAUUUAUUGUCCACAUAAAUACUUCUUGUGAUCCAUUUCAUCUUUGCCAUUUUCUAGCCAUAUAAUAUUGGAUGAGUCACUUCAAUUUUGAAAUCCUUAGUUUGCCCAUCUGUCAAACAGGGAUAAUAAAAUUUGAACUAUUGACUUUAACACUUGAAAUACUCACUUCACAGGGCAGUUGUAA